ACCACCCUCUCGCCCUCCUGUGUCGGCCGCUGCGUAUAUAGCCCCCACGCACCACCGCGAGUAGCCCAACAGAAUAAACCAUGGGACCAGCCAACGGACAGCUCGUCGUCUUCCUCGCAGCGGUGGCGCUGCUGUCCGCCGGGUUCCUCCCGCCCGCGCUGGCGAAGAGGAGGCACGACGGCGGCGCCGUGCCGCCGCAGGUCGCCGAGAUCUGCGCGCACACGCCGUUCCCGGACGUGUGCAGGGGCACCGCCGGGCGGCACGCCUCCAAGUACCCGGUGAUCGACCACGUGGCCGUCCUCAACAUGCAGGUGGACGCGUUCUCGAAGCGCACGGCGCAGGCGAGGAAGCACGUCACCGUGGUGUCCCGCGGGUCGGCGCCGCAGCAGACGCAGGCGCUGAGCUUCUGCGACACCAUGUACAUGAACACCCAGGACACCAUCGGCGCGGCGCAGCGGGCGAUCACCUUCAAGGACAAGGGCACGGCCAAGAUCAUGCUGCAGCUCGCCGUGCAGGACUUCGAGUCCUGCGACCGGCCCUUCAAGCAGUCCGGGAUCAUGAACCCCAUGGAGAAGUUCGACUCGGAGCUCAACCAGAUGGCACAGAACUGCAUGGCGCUGGCCAACAUGAUCUGAGCAGCCAUCACUUAAUUGGCAUCAUUCAGGAUGCAUGUCCACUGGGUUGGAUUUUCCUUUUUUUUUACAGAAACUUAUUUGCUAAUUGUAAUUUUGUGUUUUCCUUGACAGUGUCUAAAUUUGUUAAUUAUCAUGACGCGACCUGCAUGUAUUUAGUAGGUCUUUAACGAGGAAGAAGAGGGCCUUUUACGUUUUUCUCAUUUUGUACUGAGUUCAUGCAUAUUGUUCCAUUUGAUUGAUUCAUGUUAUGUUUGUUAAUGUUUGUUAGUCCUGACUAGUUGAAAUCAAGGGGUCCAUUCCCCAUUGUUCCAGGCCAGUGUGGCCGGC